AUGCUGAAUUUCUUUAUAACAACAGAAAGAGAUAGGCGGGAAGCAGCUUCAAUAGAAAGAAGAAGAGCAAGAGAAGAAGAGAGGAAGAAGAGACUGUUCAAUCCUCGCAUUAGACUAAUCGGUAUAGAUGCCGCGGCACUUAAACAACAAGUCGAAGAAAAACGACAAAGAGAUGCAGAAAAUAAAAAUGUCGAUAAGAUAUUCCUGGACCAACUAAAAAAAGCCGACGAGGUAGCCCUUAUUUUGGAAAGAAAAGAGAAAGAAGAACGCGCGAAGAUUCAACAAGAGAUAAAUAACUUCAGGAAAAAUUAUCAGAAACCGGAGGAUAGGAGAGAGUUUGAUUUAAACGAUCCGGAAUUUAAAAAGAAGCAGCUUCCUUGUAGAACUCACGAUGACGAUCCUAGAUUGGGAAUUUCGGCAGCGCAAAAAUUUGAAGGGGAAGAUUUGGCUUCCGAUCAACGCAGGAAAUUACAGAAUGAAGAAGUGAAAUCUUGGUUAGAGCAACAGAUGAGAGAGAGAGCGAAUGCCGACAAAGAACAAAGAGUAGCUGAGGAUGCUUAUAAAGCAGCGGUCAUAGCAAGAGAUCAAAGAGCGAUAGAAUUAGAUAUGUUAGAGAAGGAAUGUAGGAAAAAAAUUCUAGAAUCUGCGAUGAAGUUCAACAGAGCGCUAGCAGAUGAAAAACUAUGCGAAAAACAGAAAGCGGAAAAGGAAAAUACGGAAGACAAUUGGGCUGAUAUUUGUAAUUUCCUCAAUAGUGAUUUAAUGACUGAAAAUCCGGAUGUUGCCGUGAGUAAUGUUCCGGGAAAGAAAAUCGCUAAUGCUUAUAAAGGUUUGACCGCCGCUGAACAAAUGGCGUUCCGAAAAGAGCAGCUACAGCAAAUCGAAGAGAUGAAACAGAGAAAAGAGCUAGAGUUGCGGAGAAGCAGAGAAAUGGACGCUUAUUUUGAUGGUACUCAACAAACUAUUUAUAUGCUGGAUCAAGAAAUGCUACUUAAAGAAAAAGAAAGGAAGAAAAAAUUGGCUGAAGAAAAUUUGAGAUUAGCAGAAGAGCAGAAGAGUCGUAGGAGAUUUUUAGAUAAAGUGGUUUAUUCCAAUAUCCCUUCCGAUGAAUUUUAUGACCAAUUCAAUAGGACUGUACGAUGA